AUGGAGGAAUUGGAUACCGACGCUCUUCAAGAGCGGUUCCGCGCUCACUGGGAAAGCAGCACCGCAGAUGAAGAUGUCAAACUGUAUGGAUUCAGCCGCUUCAGAACGAUUCACUUACUGAACCUUCGAUUCCUCGAAGGUGAGAUAUCUGAACUCAAUCGUCUAGUUUACCAGGCAGGAAAGAGUCUAGCCGAAGUUCCGCCCUCACGCGCACGUCUUGGCAUAGAUUCCAGAUGGAGCUGCGAGUCACUAGCACCAGAACCAACCAAGAUCAUAAACCAAGAACUGGUCACUAAGCUUCGCGACUUGCUGAGGCAAUAUGAUGAGGCACUUGUUGCAUUUCAUGACAUCAUGGGCAUGGAAACGUCAUCUUUGAUCGAUGAUGAACAACACGCAAGCCUAAGAAAAGAUCGAACGGCCCACCAAAUGUACCACACCCGCCUUCUUAGAGUAGACCUAGGGCAGCGCCUGCGAAAAGACCCCAUGGAACGCUUCGUGCGGCGGUGCUUAUAUUACUUACGGUACCGACAACUCUCCAGAUGGUGGACAAAGGAUAUAGAAAGCGUCGAGAACACUGGCAUGUCAGGCAAGAAGGCCUACCAAAAUACCGUCCUGAUUGCCGAGGUGAUUUCUCGAUUCUUCAUGACAGGGCUGGUCGGAAUUUUUGUGGUGAUUCCCUUGGCGACACUUUCAUAUCAAAGUCUGGUAUCUGCGUUUUUAAAAGUCAGCAGCGUGGAGAUGAUGAUGGUGACAACUGCUUAUGGCGCAAUUCUGACUGUUUUCAUGUCAAACGUUUGA